GUGAUGUAAAAUGUAAAAUGUAACCAAUGUCACGAAUUGAGGUUAUUAAUUGUUAUUAUUCAUUAUUCUGCACUGUCCGCAGUCCGCAUUGUCCGCAAAGACCGCAACUAUCAUAUUACGUGCAAAAGAAAUAUUCCUUUUGAGAAGCAAGAAUAUACUACAAAUAUAUUAUUGACCGAUAAAAUAUUCGAUAUAUAUUUUGUCACUGAUACAUGUACAUUCCAGUACAUUUCCUCAAGCAGAUCUCAGAUCGAACAAGUCUUGACAAGUCUCUGCAACAAAUAUUUAUCCUACGCAGCUCCACUGCUCCAAUCUCGAGCGUGUUAUCUGGUCGAGUAAAUCGCGCUUGGCUGUUCUCUCCUUUCAUCUAAUCAUCUAAUCGUCUAAUGGGUAAGCCGAGAGACGUGAGAGAGGGUACGGAAGAAGAAAUGAACUUGGAUACAAGCGAUGUCUCGCCGCAGAAAAGACAUAAGAAACACAAACAUAAAAAGCACAAGAAGAAAAAGCUCAUGCAUGACGAUAGCGACGCCUUUGUAGAAAUUUCAACCGACGCUGACCGGAAGAAAAGUUUUAGAAUAAAAAUGAAGAAGGAAGAUGAACGAAGUUUGGAUAAACGUGAAAAGGUAUUGAAGACGUGCGGCGGCAGCGGCGGCGGCGGCGGCGGCGGCGGCGGCUUGAACGCAACUGCAAUAAGCACCGCACCGUCUCCAAAAGCAACUACAAAGAAGAAAAUUCCGAAAGGUAAUAAAGGCAAAGAUAGUGGAACCAGCAGCGAGGAAGAAAGAUGGCUCGACGCUAUCGAAUCUGGUAAACUGGAAGAGGUUGAUGACGAAUUGAAAAAAAUUAAGCCAAAGGAUCCCAAGCUAAUGACAGCGCGACAGAGAGCAAUGUUCGAAAGGAAAACUGAUACGGAGCCGAAUCCAGGUGUCGAACAACUCAUGUCGUUACCUACCGGUUACAAAGAAAAAGUCAUGACUGCGGAAGCUAUACAGAAGGCUGCUCUAAAGUCUCUGAAACGGAAACAGCUCGCUGAUGAAAAGAGAGAAAAGGAUAAGAAAAAGACAAUGGAAAGGUUGCUUAAGAAACAAGAAUCUAAAGCGUCCAAUUUUCUGCACAAGGGAAGAUUAUCUAGACGACAAGUACCGUUGGUGACGUAUCGUUUAACGAUCGAAGGAAGUUCUAUAUCUCUACCACCCGGUGAAACGUUUCCACUUUCUCCUGCCAAAGAGAAAAGUCCGCCAAAACAAAUACUUUGCGGGGUAAAUCAAUGUAAAAAUCCCAAAAAAUAUUCGUGUUCAAAAACUGGAAUACCAUUGUGCAGUUUAAAAUGUUACAAAGCCAAUCUUCUUGUAACCAGGUAAAUAAUGUGCAAACGACACUAGAUUUUUUUUUCCAAAAUUCUAAAAGCUUGUUUUAAUAUUUGUAUACAUAACUUGUGCGCGCGAACACAAACACACACAUAUGUAUAAUAUAUAUUGUAUUGUGUAUAUAUGUAUAAUUGUAUACACAUAUAUAUUUGCUCCACGCACAUGUUAAUAUAGAUAACGAAAAAGAAUUUAUUAUAAAUAAAGAUUUGCGAAAUUUUUUUAUUUUUA